GCUUUAUCAUAAAGUUUCCUCAAGGGGGCAGCAAACUACAACCAACGCUGCCAUUGCGGAAUAUAGCUGUCGAGUUCACUGCAUUCACUCUGCACGAAGGCCUCUCUCUCUCUGAUGUAAGAGGGUCUUGUGACUGCACCCACGUGACCAGAUGGCAUAGGGCACCACCAGCAGAGCAACAAUCCUCUUAAGAGUUGCACAAAUGUCUGCCAAGGCCGGUGACGGCAUGCAGACCACGACAGAGCUGCUGGACCAGACAGAGAACAGUCUGCUCGAAUGCAAAGUGUGCUUUGAAAAAUACAACCAGCAGAAAAAGCGCCGGCCAAGGAACUUGCCAUGCGGACAUGUCAUGUGCCUGGAGUGUGUCACAUCACUGGCCCAUCCCCGGAGUUUAAAGCUGGAGUGCCCUUUCUGCCGCAGGGCUUGCAAAUCUUCCGAGACCAGCGACUGCUUGCCAUUGUUGCACCUGAUGGAGAUCUUGAGCUCUUCAUCCAACAGUGUUCCGGUUUCAGGAAGGACCAUUGUAGCAGCUGAGGAUGUGGCGACGCCAGCAUCUCAGGUCUUAACAUUUCACCUGUCUUUCGGAGGAUGGGGGACCCUGGUCAACCCAACAGGGAUUGCUGUGUGCCAGAGGUCUGCCUGCCUAGCGGUGGCUCACGACGGCAAGAAGAGGAUUAAGCUGUUCGGUUUCAACGGGCGCGUCAUACAGCAGUUUGGAGAAAGAGGGCAGGCAGGAAAUGACAUCAGGUACCCGACCGAUGUCACCAUCACGCUGGACGGCCAUAUCGCAGUCACGGACAGCGGGGACCGUUCUGUCAAAGUGUUCGACUUCAACGGCAGGGGAAAGCUGGUUAUCUCCGAGUCCUUCGGUUUACCUUGGGGUCUGGAUACCACGCCUCAGAACGAUGUGAUCAUGACCGAUUCGGUGGCAGGUGCUCUGUAUCGCUUGACAGCCGACUUUAAGCGGGGGGAAUUAAAGGGGGUGGAAAAACUCUGUUCUAAUUUGUGCGACCCGAGGAAAGUGGCCGUUUCUCAGGCCUCUGGGGCCAUUGCUGUCAUAGAGCAUUCAAUGGCGAAAGGACCAAGCUGCGGCUGCACCAUGCUGAAAGUAUUCACUGCAGACAUGCAGCUCAUAAGCCAGGUGGACACUUUUGGCCUGAAUCUAGUAUUUCCUUCCAAAAUAUAUGCCAGUGAUGUGACCUUCAGCAGGGAAGGUCAAGUAAUAGUAACCGAUGGCUAUAACCAAGCAGUCUUCUGCCUUGGAAAACCUGAAGAGUUCCCUAUGUGUAAACCUAUCAUUACCCAGGGUCUUUCUUACCCUUUGGCAUUAGCUUUCACACCAGACAGUUCUCUGAUUGUCUUGGAUGGUGGAGAUCAUUCUUUAAAAGUAUUCACGGCUACCUGAAUUAUGGGGGGGUGUUGCUUUCACAUUGCCUGAUCCAGUUCACAGCUUAACAGAGACUAUGUGGAAGCUCUUUGUGCCUAACACCCCAACUUCUUUAAGGAUAGCUGAUUAAGUUGAUGGAUUAUGUCGAAAUGGCUAAAAUGACCGGAAGAAUUAGAAAUCAGGAAGACCACAAUUUUAAUAAGGAAUGGGGGAAAUUUAUAAUUCAUCUUAAAAGCCAUUGUAAACAGUUAAAAUCGUUAGUAGGAUUGGAAUAAUGUUUGUAGUUUAAUGGUGAAUUUUGAACACAACGGAGAGGUAAAAGAUUUGGAUCAUUAUAAAAGAUGCAGGAGGAAAUGAUUAACAAUAGGACCCACAAAGGGGAGGAGGGAAGUCCAGGAGAUUCUUUGGAAUCUUGUUUCUAUAUUGUAUGUUGGAUAUGUGACAGUAAAAUUAUAAUCUGAAAAACCAAAUAAAUAAAUUGAGAGGGAUAGAGAGAAGCUGAUAUGAGUCUUAUCCAUGUUGUGUAUUGUGGAAUCAGUCCAGUGGAUGUGAACUAGACUACUUAAGGGUGUAAUACGUACUGUAACCUCAGACUAGUGAGGAAAUUCCAUUGAACUAAGGUGCUGGACAUUUAUGUUGGCCAUUGCCAAAGGAGUUACUGUAGUUGGGUAUUAGAGAAGCUGUAUGUGAACAAUCCUGGUAACUUUCUAUGUUGGGCUGUAGACAGGCUUGUGUUUCCCUUGGAUUUUCGAUGGCACAUGUGAAAGCCCACCUUCAGCCAGAAUGUAUGACCGCCCCCCCCCUUGCAUAAUCAAAUGAGUGUUUAAGAGAAUGGGCAGCAUCUGUUAGUGCAGUCUUCCCCCUAACUGGUGCCCUCUGGGUCUUUUGGACCACAGGUUCCAUUCACUCCAGCUGCAUCACCUUCCCAGCUAGCACUGAUGACAGUUGCAGUCCAAAACAUCUGGAGGAUACCAGGUUUAGGAAGUCAUGUCUUAUGACAUUGCACUGGCCAUUGUAAGCUGACCCAAGAAAUUCAACACUGUGGCACCAUUAGUUCAGGGCUGCUACACUGGGAAUAGAUGCCUUCACCAGAUGUGUUGCCAGGUCAUCCUGCAAAGCAUUUAAGCGGAACAAAGCGGGGCAGAGAAGGGGCAUGUUCAGGAUGGUGGAGGCAUGGGAAUGACUCAUGGCCAUGCCAUUAAACCAGCUUUUUCCACACACCUUGAAGCCAGUUAAACUAGUGCAAACCUGCCUUUUCAAGGGUGUUCCGCUGGGUGUAUAUUUUAUAGAACAGAUCAUCUCCAUCUGCUUUAUAUUGGAUACCUCUGAAUACCUCUGAGUCUGUCAGUGACCGUUGUAACUACACAUAUUUAUAGAAGGAGUGCCUGUUUGGCUGGUUAUAUUAUAUAUUUUUUUCCAUUGCAGAUUUAAAAGAAACUGUGAUUUAAUUGUACUUUUUGGGUUGUUGUUUAAA